CGCUGUCUGCCACUGAGACAUGUUCAGCAAGCUGAAGAAGAUCAUCGGGGGUCCAACUGUAGGUCCCACCCCAGCUGCAGCAUCUAGUUCGGCCCCUGCACCAGCACCGGCUCCUGCUCCUGCUCCAGCCCCUGCAAAGGAAGAAAAACCUGCAGACAAGGAAAAUGAAGACAAGAAAGAUGAUAAAGGCCCUGCUCCAGCACCAGCUCCAGAACCAAAACCAGAACCAGCGGCCCCAAAUGCAGCACCAGAGGAAAAACCUGGAGACCCAGCCAACGGCCAACCUACUGAAGGAGGGGAGGCCCCUUCCCCUGAGUCCCGCCCCAUUGUGAUAAGCAAGCAUUUUGAUGCUCAACUCAUUGAGAUUGUUCAGCGAUACCGGCAACGGACUGAACAGUAUAAAGAAAAGGUCGUCGACCCCUAUGCGUCCUCUCCAGAGCGCAGCCCUCCUGUCAAGAGCCACGUUGUGUUUGUUCUAGCACCCGUUCUGAGAAAAGACGACUACCUGAAGUUGGUGGAGGAGAGGAAACGAAAAGAAGAGGAGGACAAGAAAAGAAAAGAGGAGGAGGAGAAGAAAAAGAAAGAGGAGGCGGAGAGAAAAAAGAAAGAGGAGGAGGAAAAGAAGAAGAAAGAGGAGGAGGAGAAGAAAAAAGAGAAAGCAGAGAAGCCUGAGGAAAAAAAGGAGGAGAAGAAAGAUGACAAGGCAGCCCAAGAGCAGAAGUCCAUCCGCCCGAAAAUAAAAUGCACCUGUGUAGAUUUCUUUCUGAAGCCCAUUGAGAACAGAAUGGACAAAAGACUAGGCACCUCCAUUGAUCCGUUCACAGACCGCAGGUAUAUAGCUUGGCUAAGCGUGGUGACCUUUGCUUUCAACUAUAACCUGUGGUUUAUACCAGUCCGUAUGGCCUUCCCAUAUCAUCAACCAGCGGUUAUUCCAUUGUGGUUCACCUUGGACAUCAUUGCUGACAUCAUCUAUAUCAUCGACAUGAUCGUUUUCCAGCCACGACUACAGUUCUGUAGAGGGGGAGACAUCAUAUAUGACAGAGUUGUGAUUAAACAGAAGUAUCGAGAAUCGUCAAGGUUUACGAAUGAUGUCUUAUCCGUCCUGCCUUCGGACCUGUUAUAUUUCCCGUUUGGAUUCAAGUCCGUCUUUAGGAUCAAUCGUUUGAUGAAGGUUGAAGCAUUUUUUGAGUUUAGUGAUCGUCUUGAAGGUAUCAUGACCAAAGCGUACAUAUGGAGAGUAAUUCGCACUAUUGGAUACCUGAUGUAUAUUCUGCAUCUCAACGCAUGUCUUUACUACGUGGCAUCUGACUACCAGGGGAUCGGCAAGACCAAAUGGGUGUACAGCGGAGACGGCAGCGCGUACUUGCGCAGUUACUAUUUUGCCGUGCGGACUCUGAUCAACAUUGGUGGUCUGCCUGAGCCUCACACAGUCUUUGAAAUCACCUUUCAGUUAUUAAACUUUUUUGUUGGUGUCUUUGUCUUCUCAAGUUUGAUUGGACAGAUGAGAGAUGUAAUUGGAGCAGCCACUGCCGGCCAGACGUACUUCCGUGCAUCUAUGGAUGCUUGUGUGGCGUACAUGGUGACAAACCACAUCCCCAAGCUGGUUCAAACCAGAGUGCGCACCUGGUACAACUACACCUGGGACUCCCAGGGCAUGCUGGACGAGUCAGAGCUUCUGGAACAAAUGCCUUUGGUAAUGAGAACAGCCAUCGCUGUGGACAUCAACCUUGCUACUUUCCAAAAGAUCGACCUCUUUAAGGGUUGUGACAACCAGAUGCUUGUGGACAUGUUAUUGAGGUUAAAGUCCAUUGUGUAUUUGCCUGGAGACUUUGUGUGUAAGAAGGGUGACAUUGGAAAAGAAAUGUAUAUUAUAAAGGCCGGAGAGGUGCAGGUCAUCGGUGGGCCGGACAAUAAGAUCGUGUUCGUGACUCUGAAAGCAGGAUGUGUGUUCGGAGAGAUCAGUUUGCUACAGUCUUCAGCCAAUGGAGGAAACAGAAGAACCGCUAAUGUAGCGGCACAUGGAUUCGCAAAUCUCUUCGUACUGGAUAAGAAAGACCUCAAUGACAUCCUGAUUCACUACCCAGAGUCUCAGAAAGUACUGGCCAGGAAGGGACGAAAACUGCUGAAAGCCAAGGGUCCAGCUCCUGCUGCUAAAGCCGACGAGGACAAGAAGAAAGGAUUGGCAAUGUUCGGACAAAAACCUCCCACUCCCAAACUUUUGCGUGCCUUCGCAGGAGGAGCAUUUUCCAAAAAAGGCUUCAUGGACAGACUUAAGACUGCUGCUACAUCAGAACGUCAAUAAUCAAAUGAAACACAUUAAAUAUUUCUCUUUUUAGAUUUGUUCCUUUUUAAAUAACCUGUAUGUUUAAAUGGGUUUUUUUUAAAUAUUAGUGCUGUCAAACUAUUAAUCGCAAUUAAUCACAUCCACAAUAUAAGUUUC